AUGACCACACUUGGUGAUAUGGAGCCAGCAGAGGCUGAGUCUGUCUACUUUAAUGAAUACCCACCACCCAAGGCACUCCCUAGACAUGAAGCUCUUGCCCGCGCCUUCAUUGAUCGCCACGUCGAAGCUGGCCGACGGGUAGUGCUCGUCACCUCUGGUGGUACAACUGUGCCUUUGGAAACACAGACAGUACGAUUUAUUGACAACUUCUCCGCCGGUACCCGUGGCGCUACAUCAGCCGAGUACUUCCUCGAACAGGGCUAUGCUGUGAUAUUCCUGCAUCGUCAGUACAGUCUGCUGCCAUACUCUCGGCAUUACAGUCACUCAACAAACUGUUUCUUGGAUUUCAUGGGCGAGGCAGAACCAGAAGGGGACUCGGAGAAUGACCACGGCCGCAUCGUCGUGCGCAGCGAGUACCAAGAUGAGAUGCGCGACGUGUUGCGCAAGUACCGCUUUGCUAAAAAGAACAACUUACUCCUCUUGCUUCCUUUCACUACAGUGGCUGAGUACAUGUUCGAGCUCCGGUCCCUGGCAAAGCUUAUGCGGCCACUGGGCCCCAAUGCGCUCUUCUACCUCGCUGCGGCUGUCAGCGACUUCUUUAUCCCCCGUAGCCGGAUGGCUGAGCAUAAAAUCCAGUCCUCGGAGUUGCCUGCACACCUGAACCCGGCUAGUACUGUCGGAUCAGAGGAUAUAUACACUGGCGAGAAUGAAGAGCCCCCGAAGAACAGCAAAAUGCUUGUCAUCAAUCUUGAUCCUGUUCCUAAGUUCUUGCACAGACUGGUCGAUGGCUGGGCGCCAGAUGGCUGCAUGGUUGUUUCAUUCAAGCUUGAAACGGACCCGGCCCUCCUCGUGUACAAGGCAAAGACGGCAUUGCAACGCUACUCACACCAUCUCGUCAUUGGGAAUCUGCUCUCAACUAGAAAGUGGGAGGUUGUCUUCAUUACUCCAAAAGCGCCUCAUGAGCGAUGGAUUCGAGUUCCAAAAUCCCGUCGCAGCAAGAGUCUUUCUGGUGUUGAAGACCAGGUUGGUCUUGCUGAGGUCCUCAAGGAGGUGCAAACUGAUGAUGCAGAGCAGAGCUUCGAAUCUGAAGAGAGCAGAGACGGCAUCGAAAUUGAGAGUCUGAUCAUUCCGGAGCUAGUCAAGCUUCACGAACAGAUGAUCGAACAGAAUACAGCACAAGCAUGA